UAGAACGUCGGCAGGAUGAAGCACACGACGUCGGAGUCGGACGUGACGAGCAUGGCGACGACGUCGCCGCCGCGGACGCCCAAGACCCCGAAGCGGCCGGCGUACUACGUGCAGAGCCCGUCGCGCGACUCCCACGACGACGGCGACAAGUCGUCGACGACGCACACCACGCCCGUGUACAACAACAGCCCCCUCGACUCCCCCUCGCACCCCUCCACGGGCCGCCACUCCAGGAUCUCCUCGGCCACGCGCUUCUCCGGGACGCUCCGGUCGUCGUCGCCCGGCAGCAGGGCCGGCGGCCGCAAGCGGCUCAGCACCAAGGGGUGGCGCGAGAUCACCGCCAUCGACGAGGAAGGCGCGUACGACGAGCUUGACGAGGAGCCCGAGCUCCCGCGGUGCUGCGUCGUCGCCUUCUGGCUCUCGGCUCUUCUCCUGGCGUUCACCGUCAUCUGCCUCAGCGUCUGGGGCGCUGCUCGCCAGUACAAGCCUAGCGUCGUUGUCAAGAGCUUGACAGUGCACAAUUUCUACGCCGGAGAAGGCACAGACCGCACCGGGGUGCCGACGAAGCUGGUCACACUGAACUGCUCACUGAAGAUAAACGUUCACAACCCCUCUACAAUGUUCGGCAUCCAUGUGUCCUCAAGCUCGAUUAGGCUCAUGUACUCGGAGAUCGCGGUCGCCAACGGGCAGUUCGAGAAGUUUUACCAACCAAGGACCAGCCGUCGCGUCGCCUCCGCGAUCCUGCACGGCGAGAAGACGCCCCUCUACGGAGCCGGUGCCACGCUUGCUCCGUCCAACGCCGGAGGCAGAGUGCCAUUGACGCUAGAACUGGCCGUCAGAAGCAGAGGGUAUGUGAUGGGGAAGCUCGUGAGGGUGACACACGCGAGGCGUGUGAGAUGCCCGGUUGCCAUCGAUCCCGGUAGCUCCAAGCCAGUUAGGUUCCGUCAGAGUGCUUGCACUCACACCUGAGGAAGCUAGGUGGCAGCUUGAGCUAGAGAGGGAACUCGAGAUCGAUCACCUUCUGGGUGUUGUUCUUCAUCCUGGGAUGACUUAAUAAUGGUUGUGAUCAUGUAGAUAUACUGUAGUUACUAGGCAGUCCAGGCUGAUCAUGACCUGAUGGGGAUCAAAUAAAGAA